ACUAAUGCUAAUUUGGCUGCGUGUGCGCGCGCAUGUAUGUACAGAAGACGUCACGUGGUAGCUCAGAGGGCGAAAAGUUUGCAAAGUUGGAGACAGUUUGUAAGGACUGCGAUCACACAGAGAAAGUGCAAAGGUCAUGUCGUCCAUAAAAGUGGCGUGUGUGAUCAAAGAGAAGAAUGAAAUUGGCGAGAGUCCCAUCUGGGAGGAAAAGGACUCGUCUUUGGUUUACGUUGACAUUACGGGUCAGAGGGUCAGCCGGUGGAGCUCUCUCACAGGUCACAUAGAGAGUAUCACUACAGAGAAACCUGUAGGAUCUGUGGUUCUGCGGAAGGCAGGCGGUUACGUCAUUGCGGAGGGAACACGCUUUGCGUUUGUUGACUGGGUCAAGCGCUCCAUAACAACAGCCGUUCAGCUGGACAAGGAAAAGCCCAACACUCGCUUCAAUGAUGGAAAAGUCGAUCCAGCUGGAAGGUUCUUUGCGGGUACCAUGGGAAUAGAACUGCGGCCGGCCGUGGUGGAGAGGAAACAGGGCUCUCUGUACACGCUUCAUCCUGACCGCUCUGUCGUUCAUCAUUUCGACCAGGUGGACAUCUCCAACGGUUUGGACUGGUCACUGGAUCACCGCAUCUUUUACUACAUCGACAGCCUGGCGUACAUGAUGGAGGCCUUUGACUACGACAUCCAGACUGGAGGCCUGUGUGAGUCUGUUUUUGCAUUGAACUGAUUCUGUGUGGUAAA